AUGGACGAGCAGAUUACAAGGCUGAGCCUCGGAUCUAUUCGAUCGACAGGCUUGAAUGUGCGCUCAAACAAUGAUAUGUGGGCUCAAGCUGUCGAGCAUUUAAGUGCUGAAGAUAAAGCAAACAUAAACUUUAGCUACGAUAAGCUGGAAACUUUAUCUAGCCUCCAUACAGACGCCAAAGACGCCCAGAAGAAAUGCGAGGACAACCGAUUGCAUUUCAAACGAAGAAGUGGAGAGAAAGUUAUUUUGCGAGACUUGUUUGGCAAGGUCGUCAAAUGGAUCGAUCUAUUUAAACAGGUUGGAGACACAGCUGUGCAGUAUGACCCUGGCCAUGCUGCUCUACCUUGGGCACUGGUUCGAUUUCUCCUCCAGGCAACAGUCAAUGAUAUUGAGAAAUACGAGAUCCUCGAGCAGCUUUACGUCGACGGAACUGCUGCUGCCGUGGAACAACUCGAAUCGGCACUCGUUCGACUGUACAGCGCCAUUCUUCUUUGCUUGUCAAAGCUUAAAAGUUAUCUUAAUCGAAGAAAAGCAGAUUCGAAGAGACAGAAAAUUCUUAAAUGGAUGUCGGAUAUCGAGAAAAUACCCUACUUGAAGCAUCACAAGGAGAAUAAGAGGCAAAUGCUGUCUGGUACCGGUCAUUGGCUACUUGAAGACAGAACAUUCAAGGAUUGGAAGGAUGAUAGCGCUUCUUCAUUACUUUGGCUGCAUGGUAUCCCUGGGUCUGGAAAGAGCAAACUAACAUCACUUGUUAUCGAGGACACUGUGAAAUGCGCUAUCCAGGAUCAAAUCCCUCGCCCGGCAUACUUUUACUGCUCACGGAACUCAGCGGAGCCACUUCGAUCAGACUCUAAUGCAAUACUUGGCAGCAUAGCACGACAACUUGCUAGUGUCAAUCCAAUAUCCCCACUAUUACCACCAGCUGUUCAGAAGUACGCCGAGGAGGAAGUUCAAGGCGCGACAUCUACCUCACUGGACGUCCAAGACAGCAGUGAGUUGAUAUCUGGACUUCUUGACCUCUACCCAACAGCGUUUAUCAUAAUUGAUGCCCUUGAUGAAUGUACUCCAGAGACUCGAAUCGACCUUCUCGACUUCAUUAAAGCCACACUUGACACUUCUGCGUGUCUGGUAAAGUUCUUCAUAUCUAGUCGAGAGGACGGGGAGAUCAUGUAUCAGUUGAACAAGUUUCCAAAUGUUGAAAUCUCUUCCACGAAAAACCAAGGUGACAUUGAAGCGUUCGUGGAGAGCGAAACGACGAAUCUUGUGAAAAGGGGGACGUUAUUGAGAAACAGCCGGGGAAAGAAAGCACUCGAAGCAGAGAUAACAAAAAAGUUGUCAAGAGAUGCAGGAGGGAUGUUUCGGUGGGCUAGCAUGCAGCUUCAACAUUUGACAACCCUAAAAACGGACGAGGAUAUCCUACACCAUCUAGGCAAAAUUCCACCAAGCUUGGAAGUGCUAUACAAAGAUAUAUAUGAGCGCAUAGCGGCAAAUCACGGCAGUAUCUCUAAGGUAUUAGCGCGGAAUACAUUCAGCUUACUUUUGCGUCUAAAAGAAAAUCUCCUGCUUUCGGAAUUUAUAAAGUUAGUCCAGGACAACGAGGAAGGAUUCUCUUCCGCCAUGCCCUCGAAUACAAUUCUGGAUAUAUGCUGUAACCUUGUGGUUUUGGACAAGACUCUCGAUAUAUUUCGGUUUGCGCAUCUUAGUGUUCGGGAGUUUUUCGAAAAAUUACCUGAAUUCAACCAUGAGAGCACCCACUCUACUAUCGCAAUAUGUUGCAUGAAACACAUCGACAUGGCGGAGAGAAGCAAGCCCUAUGAGUGGUGGAAUCAAUAUGGGCCGAAACCCAUAAAAAUGAUUGGGGACUACAUUGACCUUUGGCUACUCCAUCAUUUACAUUCGACUAGCUGUGAUGAGCGAAUGAAGGCUCAGUUCUUGAAACAUACUACUCGCCUACUGUCCCGAGCAGACUUCUCGAGUUUGUUUCAAAAUCCGUCAUUAGACAAGAUUUUACCAGUACCGAGGACCAUCAACUCGAAUCUAUCAUCUCUCUUUAAUGCUUGCGCAGGAGGAUUUUCAGAAAUCCUCAAACUGACUAUCUUUUAUAUGCAAGACUCGGGGCGCCUUCCAUCGAGUAUGCAGUUAUCCGCAAAGUCGAUACUUCCCCAGGACCUUGAAAGCUUGAAACGCACAGGGGAGCUCUUUUUGCCAGAAGGCACCCAGAACUUGGCACCGGACGUCGUUACGCUAUUAGCAAAACAUGCAAUUUCCCACGGGAGUUUCGUUGUAUUGCAUUUUCUCUUACACGAGAAUCUUUGUACAGUGACUGAGGAAAUGCUAUUACAAGCCGUUAAUGCUUACUGCAUUCGGAAGACUUCUGGGUCUGAAUGGAGAGAACCUGCAGUUAUAGUGGACCUUAUGUUACACAAUGCCGUCCGCCAGAAAGUUUCAGGACUACUAAAACCCUACCCAAUGGUGGCCUUUGAUAAAGAAUUCUUCCCAGGAAAGACUAGAGUUUCGAAUGGAGCUGAGCGCCACAUAAAGCAUCUCUUGACACCCGCUGUGAUAGAGAAAGCGGUGGCGACCAUACGCUUAGCCUCUACCAGUGGAAUACAGGUUCUUGUCACUCAUGUUCUGAUUAAAUGGGGAGCUAAGAUCCUCCUGACGAAGAGUCUCGAUGAUUCCAUCUUGCGGUGGAGUCCUGACGAAUCGGAAACGAUCUUUCUGUUCUUAAAAUCCCAUGAUGAUUUGCAUAUUUCAUGGGAUUUCUUGGAACAUAUCGGGAGAAGACCUGGAGAUUGGUUUCAAAAUGAUUCAGAUUGUUUACGUUUAAUUCGGAAUUGUGCUCCAGCCGAAAUAACUCAAGAAGUAUUGUAA